AUGAAAUAUUUAAUUGCUCUUGCAUUGUGCCUCUCAGUGGUUGUCGCUGACAUUUCCCUCAAAAAUCAAGUGCCCGCUGAGGAUUUCAACGUUGAAGUCAAUCCCGAUGGCACAUAUUCAUACAACUUUGCUGCCGCCAAUGGCAUUAGUGUCGAUGAAAAUGGCAAGGGAGGCGAAUAUGCUCAAGGUAGCUUCACAUGGACAUCACCUGAAGGCGAAACUUUCAACGUUAAAUACACUGCCGAUGAAAAUGGAUUCCAACCCGAAGGUGAUCACUUGCCAACUCCCCCACCUGUUCCAGAACUCAUCCAAAAAGCUCUUGCCUACAUCGAAGCUAACCCUGGUCCAGACUCCAAUCCCGGAAGACGCUAA